AUUGAAAUUGAGGUUUUCAUGCAGGUAGGUAUAUAAAGGAUAGAAAUGAUUGAGGGGUUCUAAGACAUUUGCACACGGCUGUCUGCCACCUACUCACCCCGGGGUUUAUUUCUGUUUUAAUGUAGCUUGUUUAACUCUUUCAAUCCUGGAUAAUUCCAUUGUAAGACAUUCAUUUGGUCUAGACUGCUAUUAAAACUCAUUUAGAAACUGAGUUUGUAAAUUUGGCCCGAUGGAGUGUUUGAUAGUUACGACGUCAUUGUUUUGUGUCUUUGUCAGAAAAGGAUCGUUUGCUGAUCUCCGUCGCCGGCUAUGGAACCCACAACCACAGCGGCAGUGCGGGGGACCCCCCUGUGACCUUAGGAAGUGGUUCGUCUCAGGAGGAAGAGGAAGCGCUGCGCAGGAAACUCAAGUAUUUCUUCAUGAGCCCCUGUGACAAGUACCACGCAAAGGGACGCAAGCCGUUCAAACUGGUGCUGCAGAUUCUGAAGAUUGUCAUUGUCACUGUGCAGUUGGUGCUGUUUGGACUCAGUAAUCAGAUGGUGGUCAUGUUCAAAGAGGAGAACACCAUGUCCUUCAAACACCUCUUCCUGAAGGAUUACUCUGAUGGAGGGGACGACACUUACGCAGUGUACACCCAAGGAGACCUCUACAAGAGCAUCUUCUACACUGUGGACCAGUACCUGGCUCUCUCUAACUCCACCAUGGGACGCUACGCUUACGUCUGGGGGCAAAAGGCCAACGAGAGCGCCCUCUACCUGUGCCAGCAGUACUACAAGAAAGGGAGGAUUGACCCUGUGAACGAUACCUUCGAUAUCGACCCCACCGUUGUCACGAGUUGUGUUGGAGUCAAUCCCCUGGCGUCGCCUAACGAAUUCAGAGGCAGCUACAAGAACUUUACUCUCAAGUUCCACAAACUCAUAAAUGUGACGAUCGAGUUUAAACUGAAAGCGAUCAACAUCCAGACCAUCAUUAACAACGAGAUCCCAGACUGUUACACGUUCACCAUCACGGUACUGUUCGACAAUAAAGCUCACAGCGGAAGGGUUAAGAUCAGCCUGAUCAACCAAGCCUCGAUCAAAGAGUGUAAAGACCCCAGCGUGUCCGGCCAUGCGGAGAACUACUCACGGCUGACGUUUGACGUGUUUGUGGUGAUUGUCUGUUUGUUCUCCCUCGUGCUGUGUGGCCGUUCCAUUAUCCGAGGACUGAUGCUGCAAUAUGAGUUCGUUCAGUACUUCCAGGUCCACUUUAGCCAGACGGUCAGCUGGGAUGACCGCAUGGAGUUCGUCAACGGCUGGUACAUCCUGCUGGUCAUCAGCGAUGUCCUGACCAUCACCGGCAGCUUCAUUAAGAUGGGCAUCGAGUCCAAGAACCUGGCCUCCUAUGAUGAGUGCAGUAUACUGCUGGGUACCUCCACCCUGCUGGUCUGGGUGGGAGUCAUCCGAUACCUCAGCUUCUUCCAGAAAUACAACAUCCUGAUCGUGACGCUGAGAGCUGCCUUCCCCAAUGUGAUCCGGUUCUGCUGCUGCGUCGCUUUCAUCUACCUGGGAUACUGCUUCUGUGGCUGGAUCGUGCUGGGACCCUACCACGUCAAGUUCCGCUCCCUGUCCAUGGUCUCGGAGUGCCUCUUCUCCCUGAUCAACGGGGACGACAUGUUUGUCACCUUCUCGGAGAUGCAGCAGAACAACUUCCUGGUGUGGCUCUUCAGCCAGGUGUACCUGUACACCUUCAUCAGCCUCUUCAUCUACAUGGUGCUCAGCCUCUUCAUCGCCCUCAUCACCGGAGCCUAUGAGACCAUCAAGCACCAGACAAUGGAGCCUAUGCACAUCACAGAGCUCCAUUCCUUCAUAGCGACGUGUAAGGACACCCCAAACUCGGGCAAGUUUCGGGGUAUCGAGACCUCCGCCUGCUCCAUAUUCUGCUGCUGUGACCGAACCACGAACUACGAAGACGCCUUACUGAUAAACUGACAGACAUGCCCGGAGCUCCCUCAAAUGGACAGUGGAAGGUACUGCAGGAAGAACAGAGGAGGCGUGGCCACUGGCUGCACCAAUGAUUGACAGCGGCGUGAAGGGACGAUAGGGGCGUCGGGUUACCCAAACCUGUUCGCUCUCUGAUUGGCCAAUAACUAAUUCCAGGCUGGUCAAUACUAGUUAAAGUGUGUUUCAAAAUCCAUACCUCAGUUCUGCUUUGAUUUUCAGGUCAAUGCCAGACAAAAGCAUGAUGCUUGUGCCAACAUGUGCCAAGUACUGCGCCAAACUAAAAAAUCUGUCUGAGACUCAAAGAUAAACAGUUAGAAAUAACAAACCGGGAAAGCAAUAUCAACUUCAAAGGUAUUUUAAAAAGGUUUGGCUGCUGUAAUUUCCCCAGGUUUUAUAGUGUCACCGUGCAAACGUUCCCCCGCUACAGUACAGCAGAGCUGCUGUGUAACAAAUCCACAAGAGAUCUUCACAAAACAAAAAAAAAAGUAGCAUUCCUAACUGAAUCAUGCCGUCCCUCGCGCAGCGCCUUCCUGUUUGGCAUUAGUUUAGACUCGGGCGAUAGCGGUUCAUUAAAACUAUAAUAAUGAUGUCAUUGUGUACAGUGUGACGGUCCGCA